AUGUCUGAGCCUCUGCAGCCCGAGUCCUCCUGUUUUCUCAGGGCUCCUGUUGAGAUCCGCUUCCGCAUCUACUACGAGAUUUUCGUCAAAGAUGGCCCGGUCCAUUUUGGUGCCGACCGCUGCCAGCUCGACGCACCCCUCGUUCGCAGACCAGAAGGCCUCUCUUCCGCCCUUCUGCGUGUCAAUAAGACGAUCCACCAAGAGGCUACGCGGAUCCUCUACAGCGAGAACCUCUUCCAAUUCCCCGACGCGUAUUGCUUCCGCGAGCCCGAGGGCGACUCGUUCUGCUUCUACUCCGCCGUGCCCUACGUCGCGCCCUUCCUCCAGCAAAUCGGGCAGAACGCGCGCUUCCUGAGGCACAUCAGCAUCAACUUCCCCAAGUCGUUCGCCUCCAGGAGACCCCCCGUCCUCCAAGCCGCCUUCAUCCGGGUCCUCAGGCUUCUCCGGGAGUCCUGCACAGAUCUACGCACCGUCGAGAUCGUGUCGGAGAACCCCAACGGCCUCGUCCCGCUGCAGAACAUUGAGCAGGCGGGGCAGAUGCUGCAGACGCUCCAUGACGGCGGGCUCGGGAACAUCCCCACGCUUGAGAAGGUUGUCCUGGUCCACCCGGACGACUCUCUCAUCGAGGCGUUCGCGUCCACCUGCGAGCCCCUGAGGCAGCACACGCCGAGCAUCAAAUGGACGAUCCAGCGCAAGAAGACCCCGCCCAUGACUCGCACCAGUACAAGCUACCUGGCUUACAUCUAA